AUGUCAGCGGAUUCAUCAACAACAAGAGCUAUCCCAUUCAACAUGAGGGAUAGGGAUCACAUCAACUUCUCAACUUCGCUCGGUGGUACACUGUACGGAACGACACCAGGUGGCACAAAGAAGGUCUACGACCGUUCUACAAUGCUACACUAUCGCAAUUCACCACUGGCCAAGACUCCACCUCCUGAGCUUGCCACCAUUCUCGAGGCCGUCAACAGGACUGCCACCGGUGGCAAGUCACCAAGACUACAACCAGUCCCCAACAACAACACCGUUCAACAGCCAGAAUCCACAGCACAAAAGACUGCUUCCACUGCCAAGCCUUCAAUCGAUGAGCCAGAAAUCUUUGAGAUGGAUGCUUAG